AGAAGAAGAAGAAGCAGAAAAUUCCAUGAAGAAGAAGCAACUGCCGCAGCCGCAGUCAGAUCUACACUACAAACAGAUCCACAGACGAAGGUUCAUUGCAUGGUUCUUUGCGAUGUCGAUAAAUAGCUUGUUAUGGCGGACAGAAGUAACGUUAGUUUGAUGCGCGAAGAAAAGCUACUUGAAAACGUGCCUGCUUAUGAAUUCAUUAACGUAAACUCAAACGAGUUUCAUAUUGGCACGUUUAGAGAUUUAUGGCUGGAUGUGUUAAAUCCGGAGGUUUAUUCAUACUGUAACUCAGCCCCAGAGAUUGAGGAUGUGGAGUUCAUUGAAGAGAUGGGCAUUGAGCCCAAGACAUUGGAGGAACUCAAAAUCAUCUGCAGUGUUGAUUCCCUGCGAAGUGGACAUGAAGACGCUGACAAUGUGCCAUCAGAUCCUCAUCUAUCCACUCUGAAAUUACGCAAGAGAAGACAAGAUUAUAAAGAAACACUGACCAGAGACUCUGUUGACCGACAUGAAGUCUAUGCCAAUGAAAUGGAGAUGAUAUCUGUGGGUAAGAAGCCUGAUGACCCCAGAGACCUGAUUCCUGAAGGAGAAAUCAUAUUGACCUUUAAUAUUAUGUAUCCCAUUCUGUUUCAGCGGUUUAAGUAUGUGAGGGCAUAUCAGACUCUGCAUGUGUUGGGCUCUCAGAGGCUGAGUGAUCUUAGAGAUGCGAUUUGCUGCGUCAGUGACCUGCAGGUGUUUGGAGAGUUCAGCAACACUCCAGACAUGGUACCACAGUUCAUCAGCAAGGAUCACUACAAGUCUGCUUUCUUUUUCUUCAAUGGAACAUUCUUCAAUGACACACGGUUCCCAGAAUGUCAAGACAUCAGCAUGACCACUCAAGAAUGGGCCAGAACCAGAGACUUUCCAGAUUUCAAGACUGCUAAGAUGGAGGACACAUCUUUCUAUGACCUGAAGAUGAAAGUUGGGUUUCCAUAUUUAUACACUCACCAGGGUGAUUGUGAGCAUGUUGUUAUCCUCACUGAUGUCAGACUGGUCCAUCAGGAUGACUGUUUAGACGUAAAGCUCUACCCGCUCAUCACUCACAAGCAUAGAGUCGUGACUCGGAAGUGUUCUGUGUGUCAUCUCUAUAUCAGCAGGUGGAUAACAACCAGUGAUGCUCUUGCCCCUACGGACCCCUGUCUGUUUUGUGACCAGUGCUUUCGAAUGUUUCACUAUGACGAUAAAGGGAACAAACUAGGAGAUUUCCUGGCCUAUGCCUAUGUUGAUCCAGGCACGUUUAAUUGAUCCCAAACCAAAAGUAUGUUCUACUAUACAGUGUUUAGACUAUACAGUAAUAGUUUUGUUUAAGUGGUAUUAUGCCAAAUUAUAUUGUUUGUUAACGUAUUAACAUUUUCUGUAUUUUCACAUUUUUUUCUAAAUAAAAAUAAAAUCUGAUUUCAAAAAGAA